UGUGUGUGUGUGUGUGUGUGUGUUCUCACAGCAGGGGCCUCUUUAGCACUCUGAUUCUUUCUUGCAUUGAGCCACGCAGCGUCAGGUGCAGCUUGGAUCGGACCGGUCAUUUCUUUCCACCGUGCGGGACUCUAUCAGGAGAGGCGCUCACAGUCACAUCCACACACACACACACACGAGGCAGGAGCACCAACACACCGAAGGCCAAAAUGAUUGUAACCAUGUUAACAGCCAUGUAUAUGAUGGUGAAAGCCGCAGAACAGUUGGGGGUCCGGUGGGGGAAGGAGCCAGAGCCGCUGCCCUACAUGCUUUCGCAGCCCAUCCCCUGGCAGAUACACUCAGUGUCCAACAGCCGCAGAGGCAGCCGUGCAGAGGAGAGGAGGAACAGCUUGUACAGGAAGAGCCCUCUACGCACGCUUGCGUUGAAUGCAGUGCUGACUCCGGCUGCAGUAACGGUGGGUGCCCUCCCGCCAGUCCUGCUCCCGACUCCAACUGCAGCAACGGCGGGUGCCCUCCCACCAGUCCUGAAACGGUGAGAGCGGCCGCCACCAUCCAGAAGGAGUACAGGAAAUACCAGCAGAAGAAGAAGGAUGCCAACUAGUGGAGUGCAGAAGGAGCCUGGUGCCUCUCUCUCUCUCUCUCUCUCUCUCUCUCUCUCUCUCUCUCUCUCUCUUCGCCUCUCACUCUUUUCCAUUUCUCAGAUGUCUCUGUUUCUCAGAUCUACACACACAUACACAAACACAGACACACACGCACGCACGCACGCACGCACGCACACACACACACACACAGAGUCAUAGGCAGCCAAGACAGUCUCUCUCUGGACACACACACGCAGAAACACACACACAGGUAUAAACACGAAUGGAAAUAGAAAUACUACGGAAAUACUACCACACACUCUCUCUCUCUCACACACACACACACACACACACAAUGCACCUUGCCUCCACAGUAUGCAAAAGCACAUACAUUUAGAAGUGUAGAGUCUAUCUGAAGUACAGCAUAUAAGAAUACGUUCAAUGCAAUAACAUCAAUUAGCCAUCAUACCAGGAGUAUCUUAAAAUAUAAAACAGGUUUGUGUCAUAUUGUUAUAUUUAUAUUAAUAACAGUGUUUUAUGAUUGAUGCUGUGUUUUUGUUUUGUUUUAUUAUUUGUUUCUCUGGUUUGACACCGACAUAAGGCAGCAUGAUUGAGUAUAGAUGUAAGUGAAUUAAAAUGUCUUGAAGUUCGGGCCAAAUCACAGGCAUCGACCAAAUCAACAAACAUGCUCAGACAGGCCACACCUGUUCCAUACCAAUAAAGGGAAUAGUGAUUCUAAAGGCCCAACUGAUCCAACAGUCAUCAGUGAUAGGGUGUGCCUGCCCCCUCAUGGCCAUGAAGGGUAAUAGCAACUCCGAAAUCCUGAUAGAGGGUAGUGCCUAUGUAUUCCAACAUUGCAAGUGUGAAUCAGUGAAUGUUCUCUGACAUGUUAAUAUGUGAUGGGUCAUGAUGCUAAUACACUUAAACAAUUAAAUAUUUUUUCUAAACUA